UUCACAACUUGUCAAUGCAACCUACCAUCUUGUACCAUUAAAUAUCCACAUAACAACUUUCAUAGACAUCACAAAAAUCUCUCCAAUGGCUAAAACUAGCAAUCUUGAAAAUCAUGACCAAGAGAAGGUAGCUGUAGUAAUGGUGCCACUUCCAGCACAAGGUCAUCUGAACCAACUCCUCCACCUCUCGCGGCUCAUCUCCGCCUAUCACCUCCCACUCCAUUACGUCGGAACCACCACUCACACCCGUCAAGCAAAAAUUCGAGUUCAAGGGUGGGACCCACAUUCCAUAUCUAACAUUCAUUUUCACGAAUUUUCCACCCCAUCUUGUGAAAUUCCACCUCCUAAUCCACAAUCCUCAACCAAAUUUCCAUCCCAACUUAUGCCAUCUUUUCAUGCCACGUGUCAUCUCCGCGACCCAAUCACUUCUCUUUUACGUGAACUCGCGAGGUGCAACAAACGAGUGAUAGUUAUUUAUGAUUCUUUAAUAGCUUGGGUCCUUCAAGAUGCACCUUUUAUAGCAAAUGUUGAGUGCUAUAGCUUUCGUAGCAUCUCAGCUCUUAAUAUUCACUCACUCGCCCUGGAAUUUGCUGGAAAAUCUACUGAGCCAAACCUUCCUUCAAUAGAAGGCUGCUUUACCCAAGAAUUCUCAGAAUUUUCCAGAGUACAAACAGAGUUCAGGGAACUUGUUAACUCUGGCGAUUUAUACAAUUCUUGCUAUGAAAUUGAAGGAUUGUAUCUUGAUUUGCUUGCAAAAGAAAAAUCUGCAAGUCAUAAACAAUGGGCUGUUGGUCCAUUAAAUCCAGUGAUACCAUAUGACAAAAAAGAUUCAAAUAAACGCCAUAAAUGCCUCGAGUGGCUCGACAAACAAGAACCAAAUUCUGUCAUUUUUGUGUCUUUUGGUACAACAACUUCACUUUCAGAUAAUGAAAUUGAAGAGCUAGCAAUUGGGUUGGAACAAAGGCAGCAAAAGUUCAUAUGGGUAUUGAGAGAUGCAGAUAAAGGCGAUAUUUUUACAGGGGAUGUUAGAAAAGUUGAGUUACCAAAAGGGUAUGAAGAAAGAGUGAUAGGAAGAGGACUUAUAGUGAGAGACUGGGCUCCACAAUUGGAAAUUUUGGGACAUUUAUCGACAGGCGGAUUCAUGAGUCAUUGUGGAUGGAAUUCUUGCAUGGAAAGUAUUUCAAUGGGAGUGCCAAUAAUAGCUUGGCCAAUGCAUUCGGAUCAGCCAAGAAAUGCGUUUUUGGUGACGAAUGUGUUGAAAAUUGGCGUAGUGCUGAAGGAUUGGGCACUCAGAGAAGAGUUGGUGACUUCAGUUAUGGUAGAAGAAUGUGUUAAAAGAUUGAUGGAUUCAGUAGAAGGAGAUAAGAUGAGAGAAAGGGCUGUAGAGUUGAGGCAAUCUGUUGUAGAUGGCGGUGGCAGUCACAAGGAGAUGGACUCUUUCAUCACACACAUCACAAGAUAAAAAAUUACUGUAGUUAUUUAUGCAGUAAAUAUAACUUGAUGUUAUUUGAACCUGUUUCAUGUUGUGCCACAAAGAGUGUAGAAUUUUGUUUUACUUUUACUUUGUCAAGGUUAAAUGAACAAAGCACAAGCGUCAAUGUUUUCGCUUUCUUUAUUAA